AUGACACUUACAAUCAGCUUUUCUCACGACGAGAGCAAGCCAUUGACGCCUGGGAGCAUGGUCCUUGGUGUGGUCAAGUUCAUGAACUAUGAAGACCAAGUAAUCGAGUCCUUGAGCCUCACUUUUAAAGGCCAAACCAGUGUCUUUCUGAAUCAAUAUUACGGUGACUUGGUGUCCCCCAGAACGGAAUAUGCUUCCAAAAGUUAUCUCUUCAGUCGACAUCUGGAUUUGUACAGUGGGGAGUGCAUCCAACACAAGGGAAACUAUGCUUGGCCCUUUGCUUUACGAAUUCCACUAUUUGCAGCUCCAAGGUCUGUGCCAUCAUGGUCGAAAGAGUUGUUCAAUCCAAAGCAUCCAUGGAAAGGCGACUUGGCUCUCCAGCCUCACCCUCUACCACCAAGCAUGCAACAGAACGGCAAGUUUGUUUGCACCAUACAAUAUAUCCUCGAAGCGAAACUCGUGCACCGGCCUCCUCCCACCAACAAUUCGGAAAGCAAGGGCAGGGAAGUGAAAUCAUCACGGACCGUAUCUGUUCAAAACCUGGAGAUGCCUGGCCACAGCGCACCCGGACUGAACUACCCAUAUGUCAGCCAUCGCCACACAGUCCGUUGCCCGCUUGGGGAAUCUUCACAUUGGCCUGUCCGGCGCCUUCUUCCAAUGCUUCACAAAAAGCAACCGCCUACCGAGCCCGAAAUGAAUCUAUGCUUUUCGGUCUUACUGCCCAAGAAACUCGAGCUUAAAGAACAUCAAACACUGUCCAUCCCAACUUCCUGCACGAUGAACAGUUCAACAGCGACCGAGGAGUUGGCGUCUUUAACAGUGGAUGCAAGUCCAGAUCUUGUUAUUCAUUCUUUUAAGCUCUCACUUUUCCAGCAGACACAUGUCCGAGCUGGGUGUCACACCGGACUAUCUACCAAGUGCAUCUUGGCUCGCAAAGGAUCAUGCAGAGUACCCAUAUCCCGAAUAAGCAAAUCAGUCUCAGAAACAGCGAUUGAUACUCCGACCACAUUUGUCAACCUCUGCGAUAUAGUAGACCUCUCUGUUCCUGUUGAAAUACUGGCCUCAGACUUCUCAACCUACAACAUUGCCCGGUGCCAUACUCUUGAAGUAUCUUUCUCUUUGGAGUAUCGGGGGAAGAAAUAUAAGUUUACUUUGCGGAGGGUCCCAAUCCGAGUGGGACCAAGAUCUGGAGGAGAGCUGGAGAGGCGGCUCAGCGAAGGGCUGGAGAUGGACGAUGAGUACGGGUGUGAUCUGGCUGGUAUUCAGUGGCGUGAGUAUGGACGGACUUCCGGUUUUGAUGCGGGAAGCCCGAGACAAGCUAUCCCCCUUGUGAUAGAAGGCUUUGACGGCGAUGUUCCAGCAACCCCACCGCCUGCAUACACCGCCUAG